UAUUUUUCUGUCUCUAUUUACAAAGAGUUCACUAGUGACACAUGGCUUAGAAGUGAGAGCGACUUUAAAUUAAUUAAACUUUUUUAAUUAAUUAAGGCCUUUUUUUUUUCUCACUCACUUUCUUCUUUAUUUCUCGCUCACCCUGACACAUUGGCCCUCGUCGUCACUGGUCGAUUGUCAACAUGACGAACCACAGAGAAGAACAGAGAGACGAAAUAGAAGCACUUGAAGCUAUCUAUCCAAAUGAAAUCAAAGUUUUGGAAACGGAACCAAAUUAUAUAUUCGCCAUAGAACUUUCUUCACAACUAACUGAAGAGGAAGGAGAAGAUUUAAUUACAAUGACCCUUCAGUUUACUCUUGACGAUGACUACCCGGACUCGAUUCCUAUCAUGGAAAUCAUGGAGUUCCAGAACUUGGAUGACGUGAAAGUGAAUGUCAUCUUAGAAGACAUGAAUGAAUUGGCCCAAGAGACCCUUGGAAUGGUAAUGGUGUUCACAAUUGUCUCAGCUGUACAAGAAAAGAUUAACGAUAUCAUUGAGCAAAACAAACAGGAACGAGAGAAGGAAGAAUUGCGAAAACAGAAAGAAAAAGAAGAAUCAGAACAGAAAACAUUUGAAGGUACGCGGGUUACCGUGGAGACAUUUAUUGCUUGGAAAGCCAGAUUUGACUUAGAAAUGAAAGAAAGUAAUCGAAAUUUAAUGGAUAUUAAUCAAUCAAACACUAAAUUAACAGGCAAAGAACUCUUCCAGCAAGACUCUUCGGGUUACUGUACUGUGUUUGAAAUAUUACAUUCUUGUCUGUAUAAUUGUAUUUUUGUUUUCUUUUCAGAAAACGAAGCUGUUGAGGUUGACGAGUCCCUGUUCCAAGACAUUGACGAACUUGGUCUUGAAGAUGAAGACUUGGAAGAUUGAGCUGUGUGUGUGUGUGUGCGUGUGUGUGUGUGUGCGUGUGUGUGCGUGUGUGUGUCGUCGUUAUUGUUCUUC